UUCAAAUUUCAUUCAAGUAAUAUACUCGAUUGAGGCAUAUCGAAAAGCGAACGCAGCGUUUUUGUUGGUGUGCUAUUAUUUCCUUUUGAUAUUCUUGGUUGUUAGAGGAAUACAAAAUGCUUGUGAAACGUUGGAAUAUAAAAAGAUUAGCCCUUUACGGAUGUGUCGUACUGAUUGUGUAUGUCUUGAUGACGAGUGGAUCUCGAAAAUAUAAAAUUGAUGUGCUGAUCGACAAUAGUAAACCGGAAGCGGUGUGGGAAUAUGUGGCAGAUUUUAGUAAAAUGCGUUUACUCAACCCGACAAUCUUGGACUUCAAAAUUAUCACCGAUAGUGGGCAUGCACACGACUGGCGUUACACAGUCGAAUAUACGGAGCGUUUAUCGCAUUGGCCCUACUGGCUGAAUAAGGCGAAAGCGGAUUAUAUUGUCACAAAGACCAUGCCAGGAGUGGAUCCCGCCGUAUAUGCGAUCGAGUCGAAACACAAGACUUGCUUCUUUAAAGGCACCUAUUGUUUACACUCGAUUAGCGAAUUUAAGUGUACCGCCGCGGGCAAGGACACCUACUGCAGCGAGCAUAUACAGUACCAGUGCCCACCAUUCUUGGGUGAAGCCUGCCGUCGCGAGUUGGAAUACCAGCGCCAAGCAGUCAUACACAAUUUGACCGUUAUUUUCAGUAAAAAACCACAUUCUUACUAACGAAUUUCAAUUCAUUUAUAAUUCCAUUUAUUUCAAUCACUUUCAGUUUCUUGUUUUUUGUUUUUUUUUUUUUUUGUUGCGGUUUUUUGCAAAUAUUUCAAUUUAAACAUUUGAUUUUAAUUUACACGGGAGUGUAAACACAUAAUUGUAAAACAUUAAACUACUGUAAUAAUAUAUAUUUAGCUCUCUAUAUGUAUGUAAAACUUUCAACUAGUUCAAUUUGAUUUUAAAUGUAUUACAUUCUCAGCAUACGUGGGUGCAUAUGUAAGGAUGCCAAAAACUUGUACUCAGCAGUUGCAUACGUUCAUACUUAUUUAUACAAUAUUGUACUGACAAUGGGUAUUUCAAAUUCCAAUGUGUUGUCUCUACUUUGAACUAAGAGUUGUGUAUGGAUGUGUUUAAUUAGUUUCUAAUAACUAUAAAAAUCUGUGGGCAUUUGCGAUAAAAUUUAAUAAAGGUACAUAAAAACUGUCUA